CCACGCGUAUGCAUGAAGAGGAUGAGUCCCCCAACGCAGCAAGGAUGAAGCCAAGCCAUGGCUCACGUAGCGUCAAGAGCUCGGCGGCGCUCACCGCCGAUCCACGACUCCAAAUGUGCUCAAGGUAGGGUAUACAACACUCUCUUGAGUGGUGAGUCAAGAGUCUUGUGAGUCAGAGUCAGAGCGUCAUGAUAUAAUUGUCCCCAGCACCAUGCCAAAUGUGUGCGUGGUCUGCCUCAGCGGUUUUGAGCAUCUUCAUUCCCACAUCCCCACGCGCCCUUUUGGUAGUCAGAGAGGUUUGGACGAGUGCUCAUUGCACAGCAGUUGCACCAGCUUCUCGCGUCAUUCGAGCAGGGCACACAGGUGAUCACGUCGAUCAAGCGCUACCUAUGCGCAGCAGCAGCUAGCAGGCGCAAACGGCUCCCAUUCAUCGUCGAAGAAGUGACGAGUGUGAACGCAAAAGAGAAGGUCAGGUUACGACCCAGCAUCUGUUGAACAGGAGUGCUCGGCUCCCAUACAACGUAGCCAAAAGUCACUUGGCACGCAGCACGUAUGCUCGAUGAGACGCCCCACACGUCACGUCCAAGGCCAGUCAAAGUGGUCAUCAUCUCUGACGCUAUAUACGUCCUUGUUCGACUCUGCAUCAUAUCAGCGCCAUGCUCGACUGACUACACCGCACCGCUUCAGCGAUCCGAGACCGGCUGAGCAGCACCGUCAUUGUGAUUGCUUAGCUGCGGGUCCGGGCUGAGCGGGACGGCAAAGGGCUCUGUGUGCGUCAGCUACUGAGGAUAAAGUGUUACCCAAAUUGGACACCUUCAUCAAGGACAAUGCGCGUGUGAAUGUUUGGCCAAAAAGCUCACUCACUAUGCAGCGUUGGAUCGAGCGAUAAAGGUCUCGCCUUGCCCUUGUUUCGUCUUGUUUUGCAUUCUCGUGUGCUCCUCACUCUCGCUCGCCAAGCUUCCCAUCAAUUCUCUGCUCGAGGCAUCUCACUGGCGAGAAACGGUGACCAAGCGCG